AGGAAAGAAACACAAUAAAGAGAAAUAGUGGUGGUGGACCCAGAAGAGAGACACAGAAGAUGUUGUUGUGAGGGGCAACUAAGAAAUUGUGGUCUAUUUAUACAUGGGCAGGUCUCUGCUUGGGUUGCAUUGCCACUGAGAGUCACACCCACUGUGGCUCUGAUUUGCAAUUGAAAAUACAAAAAACAGAGUGCUCUUUACGAGAGUAUCUCUGCAGAAUACACCGUACCAUGCCACAUUAACACAAGUUGCAUUGGAUCUUCAUAGCUAGGUGCAGCACAGAAUGGAGAGUACUAAAACAGAGCACGAUUACCACUACAGCUUCAUUGAGGACAAAGAAAACACCUCAUCAUCAUGCUUCUCAGAAAUCAUGGAAGAACUCAAAUCCCUCCUUCUCCUGGCCUUCCCCAUCGCACUCACAGCCCUCAUUUUCUACUCCCGCUCAAUCGUCUCCAUGCUCUUCCUCGGCCACCUCGGAGACCUCCAGCUCGCAGCAGGCUCCCUCGCCAUCGCUCUCGCCAACAUCACCGGCUACUCCGUCCUCUCUGGCCUCGCCCUCGGCAUGGAGCCACUCUGUUCCCAGGCCUUCGGGGCCAACCGCCCAAAGCUACUCUCCCUCACACUCCACCGCUGCAUCAUCUUCCUCCUCCUCUCCUCCCUACCAAUCUCCCUCCUCUGGCUCAAUAUCUCUGCCAUCCUCCGCUCCCUCCACCAGCACCCUGACAUCGCCACCCUGGCACGCACCUACCUCCUCUUCUCCCUCCCUGACCUCGUGACAAACUCAUUCCUCCACCCAAUCCGCAUUUACCUUCGCGCGCAGGGCAUCACCCACCCUCUCACCCAAGCCUCCCUCGCUGGCACCCUCCUCCACCUCCCCUUCAACUAUAUCCUCGUCACGCGCCUCCGCUUCGGCGUCGCGGGGCCCCUCCUCCGCCUCGCCGCUCCUAGCUGCCUCUCCGUUUGCCUCGAGUGGUGGUGGUACGAGAUAAUGAUCGUCCUCUGCGGGCUCCUCAUGGACCCCACCGCAACCGUCGCUUCCAUGGGUGUGCUCAUCCAAACCACUUCCUUCAUCUACGUGUUCCCUUCCUCCUUAGGGUUCGCGGUCUCUACUCGGGUGGGAAACGAGCUCGGCGCCAACCGACCCUUCAGGGCUAAGCUCUCUGCCGUGGUUUCCGUUUUCCUCUCUGCCAUGAUGGGCUUCUCGGCCAUGGUUUUUGCCACCGCGAUGAGGCACAUGUGGGGGAGGAUGUUUACCACGGACAAGGAUAUCCUGCGGCUGACGUCGGCGGCGCUGCCAAUUCUCGGGCUGUGCGAGAUUGGGAACUGCCCGCAGACGGUGGGAUGCGGGGUGGUGAGGGGGACGGCGCGGCCCAGCAUGGCAGCCAACGUCAACUUGAGCGCAUUUUAUUUGGUGGGGAUGCCUGUGGCGGUUGGGCUUGGGUUCUGGCUGGAUGUUGGGUUUCGCGGGCUUUGGCUGGGCCUGCUGUCGGCUCAGGUCUGUUGCGCAGGACUGAUGCUGUAUGUGAUUGGGACCACUGAAUGGGAAUACGAAGCCCAGCGGGCCCAGCUGCUGACGUUGGCAGAUGACGUGGAGGGGAAUGAUUCCGGCGUUGAUGACGAUGGCCGGAAAGUUUCGUUGACUGGCGUGGCCACCGUAACUCCAUCGCCGUGUUGAUCAUCUUUUCACGAAAUGAAAUCAGCCUUAAUGAAUGAUGCUGCUUGAUGGUGACGCUGUAAUAUCUGAUUUUGUUUUGUAAUUUUUCCGAUAGGGAGACAGAGUGAAUUUACAAGUUAUUAUUAAUUA